GUCGCACUUCUCGCGCAGAAGGCCCCCGCGAUCGCUGCCGGGGCCUGCCUUGUGAGCCAUGCAGAUCAUGCGGUGCUUGGUCGCCUUGAUCUGGGUGGCGCAUGGCCAGCCCUGGGAGGACUGGCUGAAGAACUUUGGCCACGACAGCUUCAGGUAUCCAGACUGGAUCCGGAAGCAGAUGCAGGCAUGCUCCUGUGAGCUUGAAGGUCUGGAGGUGGUUUGCCGGCAGGGGGCCUUUGAGGUGGACUGGGCAGAGGCCUCUGAGCUCACCUGGUGCACUGCCAGGCACUUCUUGCUGAGCCACAUGCCCAGCUUCGACCUUCAAUUCCUCCCAGGCGCCGUCUCGGUGGAAGGCUCCUCCAUGUUGGACGACAACAUCGCUUUCGCCCUCAUGGCAUGGAACGCUUCCAAGCUAACCCCGAGGCCGCCGCUCCCGGUGGUCUUUCCGUACCUGCUGCCCUACGCCAGCUAUCACGAAGCCCAACCCUGCCGCCACAUCCAUGUUCCUUUCCUUCUCAGGACCAAUUGGCGGCCGCCCUUCUUUGCCAAGUACUUUGCCCUCGCUGCUUCGCAGACCAGUAGCCGAGGCGUCGUGGAUGCGCUGAUUAGCGACGGGGUGCGCCUUAUGAACUGGACGUCCUUCAGGUGGCCCGGAUACAGCGGCAAGUCCGCGAACGUCUACGAGCUGGGGCCUUUCGCGUCUGGGUCUACCCCGCCGGUGGUGGCCCCGGCGGACUUUCUGCUCUAUGGCUACGGCAGCUGCACGGCCUGGGCCAAGUUCCUAGCCUCUGCCCUGCGAGCUGUGGGAGUUCCUGCUAGAGAGGUCGGCUCGCCAUGCUGGAACACUGGCAUCUUCGCCGGCCUCGCCACUAGCAACCCCAAUGUGUCGCAGUGCUGGCAGGGCGGCACUUCUACGCAGGUAGGCGGCCAGUACUUGAACAACCACAACUGGGUGGAGUACUGGGACAAUGAGCUUCAGUCGUGGCACUUCCUGGACGUAGCCACCAGCUCCUCAGCGGAGAAGACCUGGUUCUGCGGCAGCUACCAGCAGGGCUGCAGCUGCAGCAGCAACGCCGGCAAAGCGAUGCAGGACCACGAGAUCUUGGCGCCCACUUGGGGUGCAGCCGGCAGUGAUCCGCGGGUGCACGGUGGCACCGUGCUGGAUGUGGCGACCAGCCUCCGGCUAAGCAACGGGGAGGCCGUGUCUCCGCUCGUAUGGUCUCCUCAGCUGAAAUCUCCCCUGGGGCUGCCGCUCAAGAACGUGGGCCUCAGGGUGGUGAACCGGACGGACUUUUACCGCUGCAGACAGGCCCAGAAGAUCCUGGUUUGAGCGGACGGGUGAGAGAUCCGCCGUGGGAAAAGCCAAACUAUGCGAAGGUAUGCGAAGGGAGCCGCUGGCUGUUGCCAACAUUUGCCUCCGCCGGACGCUAUGAUUCUCU